GCAUUAGCGAAACAAAAAUCCAAUUAUGAUGCUGAGAUAGAAAAAUUGAAAAAGGAAGUUCAAUCCUCCAAAGCACAGGCACCGACAGCAAGAAGCCCCCCAUCAAAUUUAAAAACGGAAGAAGAUUAUAAAAAUUAUUAUGCAGCGAAAUACUUUAACGAUUUAGGUAUAUAUAGUAAUGAAGAUUUAGAUUCACAUUAUCCUAAAAAACCUUUUCAAAGAACAAACCAAUCCGCUAGAAUGGAUAGAAUAGAAUUAAAAGUAGACAAAAUUGGACAAAUGACAUCUCAAUUUGGAAAAAUGGUACUUGAAAAUCAAUCCAAAAAACCAGUAGCCAAAUUAAAUCGAACACAACAAUGUUAUCCCUUUCAACCAAUAAAUUCUAGUGUUUCAGCUAAUGAGGAAGGUAAUGAGGGUGGAUAUGAUGAAGAAAAAGAUAUAUGGCUUGAUUCAUCAGAAAAAAAAAAUAGAUAUUACCAGUAA